AGGUGUCAUAGGUUGUGCGCGUGUGGCAUUGUGGGUAGAAGAACAAGUGUAAUGGCGGCGCCCAUGAGGAAAAAAUCGUCUGAAACGUCGAUUUGUCAUUUUGUCUUCCUAACGUACGGUUUUGGGCAGUAUUUCCCUCUGAAAAUUGUACUAGGCACAUCUUUCAGUGUUUCUAUAAAAGUCAUCUUUGCCUGCGAAUUCUGACUUGAACGAAACGACGCCAUUUACCGAAAUACGCGCGGGAAAAAGCUGUGUUUCCCUUGACAACAAAGAUCGCCAACCAAGGAACACCGUUUGUCGUAUCUCUUGAAUGAUAUCAAGAUGGCAUCUCCCGACAAGGCAUUGGAGAUACAGAUGCAGGUUCGGCAGAACGCAUCAGAAAUGCAAGAUUUCCUUAAAGACCUAGACAGCUGGGAAGACGACAUCAAGAAGAAAGACGAAGCGCUGAAGACACAGAAAGAGGGACAUGAGCCGGUCUUGCCACCCAUAAGAAACAGAGCUGCAUCCAAGAAGAAGAAAAAGAAGGUGAAGACAGAGGAGAAGAAGGAAGAGACUGGUGCCGGCCAGCAGAACGGUCAACAGAAGAAACCCAAGAGGAUCAGUGGAUAUGACUACAGGUCCUGGGACAAGUUUGAUGUGGACCAGGAACUUGAGAAGCUAGAAGACGAGCAGAAGGAGUCAUCAUCAGAGUACGAGAGUGAAAGUGACAGUGAGAAGGCUCUGGAGCAGCAGAGACAGAUGCAGCAGGCUCUCAUGGAGAAGGACAGGGGAAAUGCUUUCUUUAAGGAAGGGAAGUAUGAGGAGGCCAUGUCCUGCUACACAACAGGGAUGGAUGCUGACCCUAAGAACGCUGUCCUGCCUGCCAACAGGGCCAUGGCACUCCUCAAACUCAACAGGUAUGAAGAUGCUGUGCGGGACUGUACUCUAGCCAUAGACCUGGACCCAACCUACACUAAGGCCUACCAUAGAAGAGCCACUGCUCGCAUGGAACUGAACAAGUUGGAGGAUGCAAAAAGAGAUUUUGAAAAGGUUUUGAGUUUGGAGCCUUCCAAUAAACAAGCCCAAGCUGAACUGAGAAAAAUAAAGAAGACUUUACAACCAGCAACCACCAAUAAGUCAGAGGAAGUUGUAGAAUUCAAGAAAACAAAACCACAGCCAAAGGACCCUCCUCAUGUAGUCAGACCAAUCAACAAAGCCAUACACUUAAGGUCAAAGAAACCGCUAAGGAGACUUGUGAUAGAGGAAAUUGGAGGUGAAGAGGACAGGAACACUUUUCAACCAUCUGCACAUCUACAACAAACAGAACUGCCUUCAUUUCCCUCAGAAGAAACAGCACAAAGACCCUCCAAUGUAGAAAGGAAAAAGCCCGCGAGCCCUAGGGGUCAACAACCUGUAGUGACCUCUGCACCCCCAGCUGUCCCAGGUACCCCUGCCACUGCACUGCAGAUGCAGGCAGACUGGAGAAGGCUGCACGGCUAUCCUGAACUUCUCUAUCAAUACUUCAAGCAAAUCCCCCCAUCCAUGUAUGUGAAGCUGUUUCAGCAGGCCUUAGAGCCAGACAUUCUCAAUGGCAUCAUGGCACUUCUCAGGGACUUCUACUUACCGAACAAAGAUGAUGUGUACAGUGUGUUGAGCAGUCUGUCAGAAGUGAAGAGAUUUAACAUGGCUAUCAUGUUCAUGUCUGCUAGGGACAAGCAAGUUAUUGUCGAGGUAUUCAAGGGCUUGAAGUUGUUGGGACAUCAGUCGCAACAAGACAUUGAAGCGCUGUGUAAGAAGUAUGAAGUAGAUGUAUGACACAGAAUGUCUUAUCCUCAGUGGAUAUUCAAACAAUCUGUCAGAGAGAGGUAUUAGAAAUGCUUAUGAGUAUCCUGGAUUGAAAGGUGCAAAUGCAGUUAACGUCUGCACAAAGAGAAUCGUAGCAAAUAUUUGCUGAUUGCAGGCUUCGUUGACAGUGUGUGGUCAUGCAAUGAUAAUAUAGCUACAUGUAUAUUUUUACUGCCAAGUCAUCACUUUGUGUGUAGUUUGUGUGUGUACGUAUUUCAGAUGUGAUAUUGAGUUGUAUUGUUUUGUAUGAUGGCCUGUACAUACAUGUAGUGUAGUCUUGAAUUGUUUCUUCUCUCUUCUUGAAGUUAGAAGUGUUAAGUGGGUAUCUUGCAUGGCUAAGCCUGUUUGCGACAAAUAUUGCAAAACCGGCGUGUGACAUACUGGAGAAAUAUUUUACCUCUACAAACAAAUGACACAUCCUCAGUUUUUUUAUCAGAUGCAAACUAAUCGCAGUGUUGCAAUUUCAGGCAACAAAUUGGAGCCCAUUGGCACCUGUUUGCAACCAGUUGGCAAAUGAAACCCUGUGAGAUACUCGCUUUACAAGUUUAGUUUAGGGCCAUUGAAAGAAUCAAAGCUGGACAAGCAUAAUCUAUUUCUUUGUAUAUUCAGACAUUCUGUGACUUUUGUGAUACAAAGAUACAAUUCCUCUGUUCAUAAGAGCUAGCCAUAUUUUUGCAUCAUAGCUAUAUUAUAUGUUUGUGUGAAUAUACA